AACCCGUGUUCUCAAUGCUCGCACCAAGCAAACAGCAAAGACCACCACGAAGAUCACCCUGACUGAAGGGUACAUGGUGAAGGAGAAUCAGGAGCUAGCUAGCCAGCUGACCAUUGCCUUGAACCCUUUGCGGUAGCUGAAACUAAUUCGCCAUGCCUUAUGUUACCUUUUCUGAUUUGCAAAAGGACUCGUCCUUUGACUUUAUCGUAGUUGGAGCUGGUUCUGCAGGAUGUCCUUUGGCAUCGCGAUUGAGCGAAGACUUGAGUGUCACAGUCCUCCUGAUUGAAGCGGGUCCUCGCUAUCACUCGGCCGAAACCACCAUCAAUGCCGCCAUUCCUGCUGGUUGUGGAAAACUCCAACACUCCACCAUGGAUUGGGCAUUCUUCACAGAACCGCUGGCUCCCAAUGCCUGUUUGAAAAUGAACACUUAUCAAGGGUGUCCACCCGAACGCAAGAAUCGAUCCUUUUGGCCCCGUGGUAAAGGCAUGGGUGGCAGUUCUCUGAUCAACUACAUGGCAUGGGUCCGUGGACAUCCCAAUGACUACAAUGAAUGGGAAACCAAACAUGGUGCCAAAGGAUGGGGUUGGAAAAAUGGCAUUGAAAAGCUAUUUGAGGAACGAAUCGAAGACACUACCGAAUGUGAUCCCUCCCGACUACACAACAACAAGAAAAAGACAAACAACGAUGCUAAAGGUCCACUGGGAAUUUCUCACAAACAACCUGUGAAUCCCCUGGUCGAAAAGUUCUUGGAGGCGUGCCAGGAGGUUGGAUUGGGAAAGGAAGGAGACUACAACCGUGGCUGGAAUAGCACCCAAAAAUCCAUUGCUGGAGUGCAUCAAACAACCGUCCGACAAGGUACCCGGUGUACAUCUGCGAGAGCCUACAUUGAUCCCCUAAUGGCUACUGACAAGAGACGUCCCAAUUUGACAGUCUUAACAGGAGCCCAAUGUGAAAAAGUGAUUACUCAAACCAAGGAUGGAAAAAUAGUCGUCACAGGAGUCAAGUUGGUAGAAGAUGGUGGUGGAGACAGCAACAAUAAGAAAGUGUUGGAACUGUCCUGUACAAAGGAAGUCAUUCUCUCGGCGGGUGCUUUGGGCUCACCACAAAUUCUCUUGCAGUCUGGCAUUGGCCCCAAUGGCUCCACACUGGAUUCGCCACAAGUGGGCCAGAAUUUGCAAGACCACCUUGUGGCAUCGCUUCGAUUCCAGCCCAAAUUGGGAAAUCAUGCCAACCAGGAUAUUGGGUCUAUCAAUGGGUACAAGGCAGAAGCACCCCGGUUUGCCUUUCAAAACUUGUACCAAAUGCUCUUUCAGCACAAGGGAAUGCUGACGUCCUCUACAUAUGAUGCAUCAGUCUUUUGUUCAUCAAAACACGACAAUGUUUCCUCUCUGGCAGAACUCAUGUCCAUGAAACCCAAUUUGCAACUCAGCAUGUUUUGCUCGGCCCCUGACAAACAAGUCAUGGUCGACAAUAUUGGUCUGGACUUUGAGUUGUGGGAAUUGGAUGACAUUGAGUUCUCGCCCAAGGCAGAAGCAGUGGUUAUUGUAUGCACUCUACUCCAUCCAAAAUCGCGAGGAUACGUCACACUCAAGGAUGGUGACGACAGCAAGACUAACAAUAACAAUGGACUUGCCAUUCAUGCCAAUUAUCUGUCGGACCCAGAAGAUGUCAAGGACAUGGUAGCGUGCUUGAAAAAGGGGAUUGACAUUGCCUCAGCCAGUCCCUUUCAAGAUUUGAUCAAGACAGUGCCCUUUUCCCCCAAGGAUUUGUCACGAAAAUACAAUCUUCCCACCCACGAUGACAAUGUUCCAAUUUCUGCAGAGGAGUAUCCAGAUGCCUUUUGGGAAGAGUUCACCCGCCGGCAUGCAACAACACUUUACCAUCCUGCAGGCACUUGUCGGAUGGGUACUUCCAAAGAGGAGGCUGUGGUGGACCACAACCUAAAGGUGUUUGGGGUGGAGGGUCUUCGUGUUGCAGAUGCAUCUAUUCAGCCAGAGGUUGUUUCUGGCAAUACUCAGGCUAGCUGUGUUGUGAUUGGUGAAAAGGCUGCUGAUAUCAUCCGGGAUGAAUACAACCUGAAGAGCAAUCCCCAAGAUUUGCUGGAAGCAGUUGUGGAGUAUGAAGAUUCGGUUCAGCGCAAACGUUGGAUGGUAUUGGUUGGAGGUUUGACAGUGGCGACACUGUGCCUGGCUGGCGGUGCAUCUGUUUUCUUGGGCAAAAUGUCCAAGUAAGGAAAGAUGAUUGAUUAGUUUCAAAACGGAAAGCACAGGGAAAUGACCAAAAAAAGUAAAACGACUGUAGCGACAAUUCUCAUGCCUUCCAUCCAUUUUUAGAGCGCCCAAACUCUCCUUCGAGCUGCUGACUAGUAGUAGAGAGUUCAAUACGCAGUAGAUAAUGUUUGCACGAAGCUUUGUAAAGGUCGACAUCAUCCACCUGG